AUGGAUGUCAGCCCCAGUAAGAAGCGUUUUCGAUCUGAAGAUGUCAUUUUAGAUGACGAUGAGUUGUGUGCACUAGUGGAUGCAGCAGUUGCCAAAAAAGCAAGCAUUGAUGAAACUUCGGCACUUGAAACUGCAGCUUCAUCUGAGGCAAACAUUGAAAACAAAAAAGCUGUUUCGUUAUCGCAUGAAGACAUUGCUAAACUUAACAAUGGAGAAUGGGUUCCAUUUGACUUGCAGCUUGCACAAAAUGUAAAACUACAAGUUGGCGAAGAUAUAAACUUUUAUUGGUUUGAUGCGGGGACAAAUCAAGAUACUGUGUAUUUGUUUGGAAAAAUUUUUAAUUCAAAAACCAAGCAGUUUGCUUGUGCUUCGUUAAAAGUUCAAAACAUCAACCGGCGAAUAUUUCUUUUGCCAAGGGAAACUUGUCUUGAGACAAAUAGGAAAGUUAAUAUUGAAGAUGUUUUCAAUGAAUUUGCGCACACUGUUACGGAAAAGUUGAACAUUUGCAAAUUUCUUGCGCAGUAUCUAGAAGUGCUAUACUCGGGAACUUUGCCUCAAUUAGAGCAGCAAUUUUGUUCAGGAAACACCUAUCAGCACGUGUUUGGCGCUAAUGCUUCAAUCCUGGAAAAUUUUAUUCUUGAUCGCAACCUCAAAGGACCUCAAUGGCUUACUGUUAAAAAUGUGCUUUCGUCACCCGAGUCACUCAACGACACAUGGUGUCAACAUCAGUUUUCAGUCAAUGAGCCAUCACAAAUUAGUACCGUUUUUCCUGAUAAUCUACCGUCUCCUAAAUUCACAGUUUUGACUCUAAAUAUGAAGCAAUAUGGUGCUUCUGAAGCAAUCGAUAACGAAAUUAUUGCCAUCUCAGGAAUUGUUAAUAAAGACUACCUUUUUGAAUCCAAUUUACCUCUGUCUGAGAAUUCUCAUCAUUUCUGCUUUCUCACUUGUCCGUCUACAAAUGAGUUUUCAUUUCCAAAUGAUUUUAAAGCUGAAUCGCCUGUUGGAUCAAAAACGGAAAUUAUUCAAACGACUAAUGAAAAAAUGUUACUUGAAGCUUUUCUGGACAAAUUCCAUCAAGUGGACGCUGAUAUUAUUGCUGGUCAUGAUUUGAUUUUCGACUACAAAUAUUUGUUUACCAGAAUUUCCCAUCACGGUAUUUCUCGCGCUUCAUGGUCUCGAAUGGGAAGGCUCAACAUGCAAGAGCAGCAGUCCGAAAAUCUUACACCGCAUUAUCACUUCAUUGGCCGCCUUCUCUGUGACGUCAAAACUAACUCAAAAGAGUUAAUUCGAGCUGAAUCAUAUGAUCUGAAAGAGCUAUCUUCAAAAAUAUUGGGUAAAAAACGCGUGGACGUAAGCUCCAGUAAAUUACCUCAAUACUAUUCCACAUCUUCAAAACUGUUUCGCUUAAUUGACAUCAUGACUACUGAUAAUGAACACACUUCUAGUAUAAUGUUCAAACUCAAUUGCUUGCCAUUGGCCAAGCAAAUAACCAGUAUUGUUGGAAACCUUCUCUCAAAAACGCUUCUUGGAGGACAAUCGUCUCGGAAUGAGUUUCUCCUACUUCAUGCUUUUAACUCUAAUGGUUAUAUUGUUCCCGAUAAAGCCCUUCGAGCAGCCAACUUGCAAGAUCUAGCAAACAACAAUGAACAAGACGAAGAUGAAAACAAAUCUCAGUUUUAUCAAAACAACUUUUCUUAUUCUGGUGGUUUAGUACUUGAGCCAACGACCGGGUUGUAUGAUAAUUUCAUUCUGGUUAUGGAUUUCAAUUCCCUCUACCCAUCAAUCAUUCAGGAAUAUGACAUUUGUUUCACUACGAUUGACCCGAAAAAAUGCCUAAUCAGCACCGAUUUGAAACCUUCAAAAUCAAAAGGAAUUUUGCCCUGUGAAAUAAAAAAACUCGUGGAUUUGCGUAAAGAAGCUAAAAUUCAACUGGCAAAUAACAGUUUGUCACAAAACGAGAAAGUGCAGUUGGAAAUUAAGCAGAAAGCACUGAAAGUAAUUGCAAACAGCAUUUACGGCUGUCUGGGUUUUGCUUUCUCGCGGUUUUACGCUCAACAUCUGGCUGCUUUGGUCACUGGUAAAGGCAGAGACAUUCUACUUGACAGCAAAAGCUUAGUUGAAAACCUUGGCUAUGAAGUCAUUUACGGGGAUACAGAUUCGCUCAUGGUUAAAACACAAUGCUGCACUUUAGAUGAGGUCUAUGAAGUCGGUGAUAAAAUUCAAACUGAAAUUAAUCGCAAAUAUGAUCUUCUUGAAAUUGGAAUCGAUUCGGUGUUUAGACGAAUGUUACUUUUGAAGAAGAAAAAGUAUGCCGGUCUUUCAGUGAGCAAAGAUUCUGAUGGAAAGUUGCAGUACAGCAGAGAAGUCAAAGGACUGGAAAUUAUUCGCCAUGACUGGAGUUUAAUGGUGCGGAACACUGCCAGUGCGGUUUUAGACCAAAUUCUUCCUGUGCCGGAAGAUGAAGGCGAAGACCCUUUGUCAAUUGAAGGGAUGGUUAAAGAAAUUAAAGACGGCUUGAAAAUGUUGGUGAAGGCUUUGCGAGCAAAUGAGUUUUCUUUGAGUGAUUUUGUCACCAAGAAAGCCUUAAGCAAAGACCCCGAUGAAUACUUGAGAGCCUUGCCUCACUCUGUCGCUGCAGCUCGAUACAACAAAAGUACCUUUGGCAAACGACUUGGUAGUGGCGAUACUAUACCGUACAUUAUUUGCAACGAUGGCACACGUAGCUCUGUUACUCAGCGGGCUUAUCACAUUGAGAAUGCACGUCAGAAGAUAAACAGUGGAGAGAUCAAAGUGGAUAUUGACUACUAUAUUACGAAUCAGCUUCUGCCCGUUCUGACUCGCUUGUGUGAGCCAAUUACUGAAGAUAUUGCCCUUUUUCUAGGAAUUGAACCGUCCCGUAAACGCCAACAAAAGUAA